GAGACAAAAAGUGAGGAGCACCAGGUGCCAUCACUUUUAUAAGCUUACGGUGUUACCGAAGACUAAUUGGUGCAACUUGGAGCUGCAAACACCCUACCCAGUUGCUUCCAGAAAGACUAAAAUAUAGCACGCUGUACAAGACAUACAGACAUUUGAAUGGAUUUAGAGGUGAAAGGGGUGGCUGCAGCUAGGAGCCAGACUCAGCUAUUUUCUGGAAGAAAGAAUUCACUGAAACAAGGAUGGACUUCCAGAUCAUGGGCAAUUCAAAAUUCCUGCCUACCUAUGGUCCCACCACUUGAUCUGGGAAGCCUUGUUGACUCUGAUGAGGAGGAUAAGUUUUCACCAGCACCACAUGGUACCGUCCAUGAUGCACCAUGGUCACAGCCUGCUCUGAGUUGCAUUAUGCCGUGUCAAAGGCCAUAUAUCCAACAUCAUCUAAAUGAAGCGGAGCAGGACACAAUACCUGAGGAUUUGCCAGCACCAACAGGCAAAUACAAGCUAAAAUACCAGCAGUACGCAAGUGAAAUGAAGGACGGCUACAAGCAGUACAUUCAGAGGAGUGCAGAGAGGCCAAGGCCAGGAAAAGGGCCGGAGGCUAACAAGAAGGUGGAAGAAGCCUGCCUGGAUGACCUCAUGACUUUGGAUAGGAAAGCCCUACUACAGCAAGGUUAUGCAGACAGCCCUUACCAUAGACGGAGCAGUGCAAAGAAAUCAGAUGUGGAGACUGUGGCUCUAGAGAAGAAGAGGCAGACUGUUGCAGAACAAAUGAUGGUAGACCACUUGUCCAGGGCUGUCAUCAGCGAUCCAGAACAAGAUUUAAACACCAAGAACCAAGAGAGCUCUCAUGUCCCUCCAGACUCAGAGAGGGCGCCUCUUCGAGUUAGGAGACGAACUCUGCAUGAAACGAAGAUAAGAACCAACUCCACAUUAACAGAGAAUGACCUUUCUCAGAAAGUAGAGUUCGAAGGGAGGGUCUUAUCAAGAAAUGGACGAGAUGCCUGCAGGGAACUGAUUGGAUUUUUCUUUGCCCACGACCAGUCCCUAACCGUGUAUGAGUAUCGAAUGUUUGGGAAAAACAGAACAAGCGUGCUUCCUUUUAUUAAAAAAGAUGUUUAUUGUCAUCAGUAUGGACGGAGAAAAGGAGAGCAAUAUGAGCUUGGUGACUUCUAUACUGGUGCAACUUUGACAUUUCUGAGCUGUGAUCAUCCUAGCCUUCCAAAGAGCAUAAAAGAAAAUGCAUUACUUAGACUUCGAAUUACAAGUAUUGAUCAAGUAGCUUUGGAUUCUCUGAAAGCUGCCUCUGCGGAACCCGGGAGAGAAGAUCCAGUCAGUCAGGAGGUGCAAGAUCAGCUGGUGCUGCAGGCCAUUCAAGAGAAACUAAAAGAACAACUGCACACGAAAGGUGUUCGGAUUUUGACCGGAUUGGGAAAAUACUUUCAACGUUUGGACACGGAAGGGAAUGGGCUUUUAGAAAAGACAGAUUUUCAGCAAGCUCUGGAAACCUUCCACUUGGAAGUGUCUGAGCAGGACUUUGAGUCUUCCUGGCUAAUCCUGCUAGGCCAUGGCCAUAGCCAGAACAAGGUUGAUUAUGGAGAAUUCAAACGUGCCAUUUUUGGUGAAAUGAAUGAAUAUAGGAAAUCAUUUGUUCGCAAGGCCUUCAUGAAAUUGGAUUUUAACAAAACCGGCACCGUGUCUGUUAUAGACAUAAGAAAGUGUUACUGUGCAAAGAAGCACCCACGUGUGAUUUCAGGGCAUUCAACAGAGGAGGAAAUCAAAUCGUCUUUCCUAGAGACAUUAAAAGACGCCUGCAGCAAGCCUGAUGAAGUUUCGUACGGUGAAUUUGAAGAUUAUUAUGAAGGCCUUAGUGUAGGAAUAGCAGGCGAUGAAGACUUUGUCAAUAUCUUACGUACUCCAUGGGGAAUUUAGUUUUUAAUAAUGCACAUUCUCACCGGCACCAAGCAUUUCAUAGUUAAUGUGCAUUUUACGUAAAAUAUGAUCAGCUUGUAAUAUAUUUUCUAAGAUUCUUUUUAACUUUCUUUCAAAGUGAAGUCUGGAAAGACUAAUGCAGAACUAAAUAUGUGUUUUUGAGCACAUAUACAUGCUUAUAUGUCCAAAUGUUUAUAAAGACAGUUCUUUUUGCUCAUUCUAUCUUAUACUUAUUAUAUAUCUAUUUAUUACACUUGUAAUACUGAUGCUUAUUGUAUCUCUUAUCCUACCAGAAUAAGAUGGUCCUUAUUCUUAUACAUUAUACUCCUUACACUUAUUUUAGAAAAGUAGUUAAAAUUUAGCCUUAAUAGAAAAGUAACAUUUUCAUCAAACUCUAUGAGGGCUUAUAUAGUGAUCGUUUUAUGUCCUUUCUCAAUUUUCUUAUAACCUUUCUCUAGAAUACAGUUGCCACCAUUCUCAAUUUAAUGAUGUGCGAUUCAGACCAAGGCUGUAGUAGUUAGUGCAACUUGUUUGAAACGUGAAAAUAUCCAGAUAUUUGUAAAAGCAAUGUUAAAGUCAGUAUGAUUAUGGGUGUUUUCUAGGCAUUGUAUUUCAAAUGGUUGGUGUUUACUCCUCAAUGUUUAUUUAAAGAGAAUUGGUAUUUAUUUUUGUCUUCAAAAUUAUAUACUACUCUUUGUUCACUUGGAAAAUUACAUUUUAUUUUCUAUUUUAACUGUCGUAUUAUCUGUAUACAAACAUUACUUAAAUGUAAACAACAAAAUGUAGGAAACCUUGGAGUGUAUAAAUAUCCCCUUAGACUAUUAAAUGAAGAAUUCCAAAAUAAUUAAAUGAUUUUUAUACAAAAUUUAAAAGCAUACUUUGUAUCACAAAAUAAAGACAUGGUAUUCUAAGCACCUCUUCUUGGUAUAAGAAACCAUCAGAACAUUUUCUUC